AUGACUCCUCCAUCAACGCAGCCAAGCAAUGGAACCGUCACCAUCACGACCUCGAGGUCACGCAACCACACCACCACCCGCCACCCUCACGGUCCUGUCGUCUCCGUCACCAUUGACUGUCCUGCAACCAUAAAUCCGUCUGACUGCACAGGGAGGGGCUACCUGACCGUCAACUACACGAGAAGCGACCCCACGUCAACUGAGAAGUGCACGCCUGUUACAGACAGUCAUCGGCCCCUCACCGAAUUCUCCGUGGUGUACACCUCCACGAUUACCUUCUAUGGAAAUAGGACUGACUACACGCCGCCCUAUGAGCCCAUACGGACUCCGAAAUACUGCGCGCCCACCAUCGUGCCCGCUAUUCCGCCAGGCUUCACCGUGAGUCCGAAAAUUCUCACCUCCGACAUUGCCAAGGAGUCGAGCCGAGGGGGCGAGCUGGUCCACCCAUCCACCCUCCUUCCUUUCAUCACAUUCAUUACUACGGACAAGAACCCGUCCGUUGUGUACCCAUCCGACCCCGUUCCAAACUACAGCCCUACAUGGGGCCAAGUAGGAGACGGUGGCCCUGGUGAUGGUAGUCACAAAACCGUUGGUAGGGGCGGGAACGGCGGCGGGGAUCCCCACAAGACCCCUGACGCCGACAGCAUCACCGCCGCACCACGCCCGACCUUCAAAGUCACGGCUCGCGGUACACAGGUGGUCAUCAAUGACAAGACCUUCGCCGGCCUCAACCCGGGUCAAACAAGCCUCGUGACCGUGGAUGGUGGAACCUUCACAAUCUACCCCAGCGCGGUCAUUGGCGAGGGUGCCACUAUUCAGAAACCGCCGCCCCCUGGCACGGGUGUUCAGGUAGCAACGCCAACCGCCGCCGUCGUUGGCGGAUUGCCCGUCACCUUGUCAGGCUCCCAUGCUAUUGUCGGCGGUGCCACCAUGACGAUACCAGAGACUGCCAGUACAACUGUCAUUGACGGUCAUUCGGUCUCCAUCGGCCCGGGCAGCCUAGUUGUGGGCGGCCAAAGUCUCUCCUUUAAGCACGUCGCGCCUUCGCGGGAGACCGACGUCGUGGUGAGUGGAGGAGAGCUCCUCACAGCCAUUGGGCGUAGCGUGGUGGUCAUUCAUUCUACGACAUUCACAUAUGGUCCUGGUAUCCCGGAAACUUCGCAGGUUAUACAAGACGACACCAUUUCAAUUGGACCGUCGGGUGUCAUCGUGCACGGCACGCUGAUCGGCGGACAAGCCGCUGGCCCAACCGCGACCUCAUACGAGAUCGUAGGGGGCGCCACCAUCACACGGAUCGCUCCGUCAAUCGCCGUCAUCAACGGCAAGACAUUCACCGUCGGGCCGGGGACCGAGUGGACAACGACAGUCAUAGCCGGGCAAACUUGGACCGUAGGUCCGACGGGCCUCGUGGGCUCCUCCAUGACCUUCAAGUAUCCCUUCGGCACGGCGGUCACGACGACUAUUUCUCCGACCGGCACGUGGCUCAACGACUUUCCGAUCGAGACGGCCGGGCAGAACAGGGGCGGCGAUGACGACGACAGCUCCGGGACCUCAUUGCGGCCCAACCUCUUGGUUGGUUGGACAGCGUUUUGCAUAGCGAUUGGCGUUUGGGUUUUGGCAUAA